GGGCGCGGGCCCGGUUUCCGUGCGGGCCGUGCGGCGGCGCAGGCCCCGCCAUGGCGGCGGAGGGAGGGGACCCGCUGGGCUUCUUCGCGGCCUACGGCAGCUCCAGCUCCGACUCGGAGGCCGACGAGGCCCCGGCCGACGAGAGCCCGGCGGGGGCCGGCGCGGCGCCGGCGGAAGGCAGCCCGGGGAGCCGGCCGCGGCUGCCGCCGCCCGACGAGCUGUUCCGUGAGGUGUCGCAGCCGCCCGCCUUCCUCUACAACCCGCUCAACAAGCAGAUCGACUGGGAGAGCCGCGUCCUCAGGGCGCCCGAGGAGCCCCCCCGGGAGUUCAAGGUGUGGAGGAACAACGCCGUGCCCCCGCCGGAGGCGUACAGCCCGCCCGAGAAGAAGCCCCCGCCGCCCCCCGCCGUCGACAUGGCCAUAAAGUGGUCCAACAUCUAUGAGGACAACGGCGACGAUGCGCCCCGGCAGGCCGGCAAGGCCAAGUUCUUACCGGAGGAGGAGCAGGAGCCCCCCGAGUCAGAUGAUGAAAAAGACGACGAACCAGCUUCUGCUAAGAAACGUAAACUAGACUCUGGGGAGCACACAAAGAGGAAGAAGAAAUUACAAAAAUAAAGCUGUCAUGUGCCUUCGCAAAGGCCAUCCAGCCCAUCCGCCCGCCCCAGGCCAGGCCAGCCGUACCCACGCCAUUCCUGGCAGACGUCUCCGCUGGAAAACAAUGCUUCCAUGGAAGGCAGCAGUGCAGUGAGCACCACCAGCACGUCUUUCGGUUUUGGCAAGUCAGUACUUUAAUGAAUCUGUAGGAAUCAGCAAAAACAUGCAUUGAAUAAGGGGGUGGUUGACACCCUUCUUCUCCGUUUUGGGGAAUCAUAUAACCCUCUCACUCAGCUCUGGGGUUUAUAGUCUUGUGUUUGCUCAGAGCAAGGCCUCCUGUGUAAGCACAGGGGUACGUGGCUCAGGAUGACAUAUUCAGAGCUACCAAAUGUGAUUUAUCUCGGGUUUCGCUUGGUUCUCUGCUUGCGGCACAGCCGGGAGAAAAACAUUAUUUAUGUCAAUGAACCAAUUCUAAGCUCAAUGACAGAAUUUUAGCAAUUUCUGAGGGCAUUUUGUCUGGUCAAAACAACCUGGUAAUGCACUGCAACCACGUUCCCUUGGAGCAGGCUUCUGCUGACAACUGUGUUGCUGAUGAAAUGGAGGUCCUAGAGGUUGGAACUGACCCACUGUAUGUAUUCAGUUUUUUAAUUAAAAGACCUCAUUUAAUAUUUCACUGGA